AUGAUGAUUGAAUGUAUUCAAGCAAGAGAAUUGGUCGAUGCGUGGAACCGAUAUGUGGAGUGGUUUUGUCCCAAUCUCAUUGACUCCAUGAGGUUGCCAGAGAAGGAGCCAACCGUACCUAAAUCUUCAUCACACGUGAUAUCAGCUGCCGCCGACAUCGAACCGCCAAUGGAGGAGCUAACUGUAGGUCCAAAAUUGUCGCAUACAUCAUCGCCAGUGGCUGCCACACCACAAGAGGAGUUAAGCGUAACUCUGAAGUUAUUGCUUACAUCAUCAUUAGUCGCCGUUGCGCCACAGGAAGAGUUAUUGUAG